AGUAAUAAUCUCUAAAAAGAAAAAAAAAAAUUAAAUGAUAAUACAAACUAAUAAUGUCUAAUAUCAUUUAAUAUUUUCAUAACCGAUAUUAUUGCAUAAAACCAUGUUUGUUAUUGUUAAGAAACUUGCUCAAAAUCGUAUGGUAGAUCAAAACUAUAUUUAAUGAGCCAUGGCAUUGGUAGUAGAAUCAGAUUCCAAAAUAUCAUCUAAAGAGAGUGCAUUUUUAGAAAGAAAAUUGACUGAUUGUAAUGCAGAUAAAACUAUACCAACAAGUAAUACAAAUAUUAAGCAAGCAGAGGAUAAAAAAAAAGUUCUGCUGAAUGGGCAUAACUCUUCUUCAACUGUUUGCGAUUCUGAAAAUAUAUUUAUUGAGGAUACUUUAGUAUACAAACUUACUCUUGCAGCUGUUUGGCUAUUAACAGCAGUGACUCGAUUGUACAAUAUAAAUAAACCGGCUCAUAUAUGUUGGGAUGAAACUCAUUUUGGAAAAUUUGCCAAUCAUUACCUAAAUGGAACCUUUUUUUUUGAUGUCCACCCUCCGUUAGGAAAGAUGUUGCUAGCAAUGGCAGGUUGGGUUACUGGUUAUAAUGGCCAAUUUCCAUUUGAUAAACCAGGAGACCAGUAUGGAGAACAUAAUUAUGUUGGUAUGAGAGUUUUCUGUGCAAUACUUGGAGGAAGUUGCAUACCUUUAGCAUACCUUAUAGUUUGGGAGCUAACUCAUUCUUUACCUGCAUGUAUUUUAGCUGCUUGUUUGAUUAUUUUUGAUAAUGGUUGUGUUACAAUAUCUCAGUAUAUUCUUCUUGACCCAAUUCUAAUGUUUUUUAUGAUGAUGUCUGUAUUCAGCCUCAUGAAGUUUUACAGCUGGAGGGACUGUCCAUUUUCAUUUGAUUGGUGGGGUUGGAUGCUUUGUACAGGCUACUUUUUAGCAUGCACAUUUAGUGUUAAAUGGGUUGGAUUAUUUGUAAUUCUUUUUGUUGGACUUACUACAAUUCAUGAUAUGUGGCAGUUACUUGGUGAUCUUACCUUACCUAUUAUGACAAUCUUGAAACAUUUUCUUGCUCGUGUAAUUGGUUUAAUAAUUCUUCCAAUUACAGUUUAUUUAUUUUUUUUUGGUUUGCACUUUCAGUCACUACCAUAUAGUGGACCAGGAGAUGGUUUCUUUAGUUCUUCUUUUCAGUCUACUUUGCAAGGAAAUCAACUGUAUAGAGCACGAUUGCCUGGGGAACUUGCAUAUGGCGCUGUUGUAACGCUAAAAAACUACAAAACAGCUGGAGUUCUGCUGCACUCCCAUCAUCAUCUUUAUCCAAAAGAACAUCCACCAGAGCAGCAACAAAUUACUGGCUAUUCACACAAAGAUUCUAAUAAUGACUGGAUGGUUCAUAAGCCUAAUAAGCUAUACAAUGAAUCUGAUCCUGUUGAAUAUGUUUAUGAUGGUGACAUAAUUGUUUUGCAACAUGUAAUGACUAAAAGAAACUUACAUUCUCAUAGAGAGAAAGCUCCCAUUAGCAAAAAUUUACAACAAGUAUCUGGUUAUGGAGAGAAUGGAGUUGGUGAUGCAAAUGAUUAUUGGCGUAUUGAAAUUUACAAAAAUCCAGGGAAAAAUGGACGUGUAAGCACAGUUAAAACUGUGUUUAAGCUGAUACAUGUUAAUACAAAAUGUGCUUUGCAGGAAACAGACCAACUGUUGCCAAAAUGGGGUUGGGAACAAAGAGAGAUGGCAUGCAAUCCAAACAGGUUUGCUACUGGAACUACUUGGAAUGUGGAAGGAAAUGUGCAUAAAAAAGUUCCUGAGGUAAGCAUCGAACUACUUGCACCAUCAUUUUUGGAGAGUGUUUAUGAGUCACAUGUGGUCAUGUUGCAGACUAAUAAUGGUUUUAAACCAAAAGAGGGGGAAUUCACAUCUCAAGCAUGGCAUUGGCCUAUUAACUACAGAGGACAAGCAUUUUCUGGUGGAGAUGAACGCAUCUAUCUUCUUGGAAACCCUAUUAUUUGGUGGUUUAUCUUGUCAUUGUUUUUCGUAUAUGUCUUUCUUUUUUUCACAUAUUCUGUUGUUCUAAGAAGAGGAUAUCAGAUACACCCCCAGCUCAAAAUUGAUGCCGAAAACACUAUUCGUUCUUGUGGUUGGUUACUUCUUGGAUGGUCAUUGCAUUAUUUUCCAUUUUUUGCAAUGGGCAGAGUAUUGUAUUUUCACCAUUACUUUCCAGCUUACUUGUUUAGUGCUAUGUUUUCAGGAAUUCUUUUGGAGCACUUGUGUCGUUUAGUUUCUUUAUUAUUUACUUCAAACCAAACACGUGAUAUUGUUUAUAGUGGCGGAGUUACAUUAAUUGUUGGAGUUGCAAUGUUUAGUUUCUAUAUUUUCCGCGGACUAAGCUAUGGAAUGUCUGGUCCACUUGGUAAUCAGCCUAAUCGAACUCAGGCAGCGUAUCGUUGGUUAGAUACAUGGGAUAUUUAACAGGAUUAUUCUUUUCCUUUUAUUUACGAAACGUUUUUAGACAUUUUUGGUUUUUUAAUUUGUAAAUUAAAUUUAGGUCUAAUAUAAAGUCUUUUUAUAUGUGUAUAUGUGCUAACUAUCGAACUUAGUUAGAGAAAUUAGUUAA